CAUUCGUCCAUAAAAACGCUUAAAAUGAGCAAAAGGAAAUGGAUUACUAACUUGAAACUCAUGGUGAAGAGGAGUCCUUUAUAUUCAAAUUGUAUUAUUGGCUUUGUGAUGCUGGGACUUGAACAACUUGUGGAGAUAGAUUUUGCAUGCCCUUGUAAUCCAAAGCUGAAUCUGGUGUUCUCAGCUGCGUAUUUUGUCGUUCCUGCUCUGUUUUCCUUUGCACUCUUGUUUUAUAUCCAGAGCUCACAAUGCAAAUAUUCAAGCUGUUUGCACUGUGCAGCAGUUUGUCUCACUCCAGCCCUUCUUUGGAUCAUGUUGCUGUUUUUUGAUGGACAAUACUUUGCCUGUGCAAAAACUUCAUGGGAAGGACUGACGGUUCACACUGACAUAUCCGCUUCAACAACAUGGUGUAAGCCGUUGAAUAAAUCUGAUAACAUCACAGAAAAACAAAUGGCAUUUUUUAGCUAUCGAAAUAAUUCUCAGAUAGUGGGACUGUGCAUAUUGCUCCUGAUCUCCCUGCCCCUAAUAUGGAUGGGAAUUAAGAGGUGGCACUACACAUCAACAAGAACCAAAGAACCUGAUGAUGAACAACUGGAAAUGGAGGAUUUUGGAAACAGCCCAACACCCCCUCCAGACAGCCCCUCAUUCAUUGUGGAUCAAGACAGCUCUAAAUAAAGCAGCAUUGAAUAAAGACUUUUUAAAUGCCCCUUCAUGUUCACAAACCUCACAUUUAAAAAUGUGCUACUUAUUCUCCAAAUUGGCAUGCCAAAACUACAUGCCAAUUAGCUAUUAAAAACCUUAAGCGUGAAAUUUGUCUACCUUGUCUUUUUUGUAUUUGCA